UCAGGAUCGCUAGGAUAAUAUUAGAUUAAACGAAUGUUAAUAAUUUCUUUAGUAAUUGUACGCAAAGUAAUUUGUGUAGCCAUGUCUAAGCGAGAGAAACGAACAAUAAAAAUAUCGUACAAAAAUGUUUAAUUUCAUGUAUCGAUUGAGUGUGUUUUAGGUUACUAAAGUAUAUUUUUUUUAUCUGAUAUUAAUAUUCGAAGAAAUCGAAUGUAAUCGUCACUCUACGAAAAUGAAUCCGUUACUAAAAAUAUUUUUGUCCCAUUGCUGGGCAAAUAUGUAUUUAAUAGUUGGACUAAGCAUGGGCUUGAGUCUCAGUAUGAUAUCAGUAUCAAUCGAUACAAACAAUUACAUUGAGAAAGCAGAACACCUAAUAGAAUCUUCCAAUUAUCAAGUGGAUCUAGACGAAUACGAACCAAAAAUAAAUAUUAAUAGUAAACCACAGCAGGCGCAAAAAGUUCCAAAAACAUUGAUACGCCCAAGAUAUUAUUUCACAGAACUUGGAAUCAGAGAAAAGCUAUUUGUAGGGGUGAUCACAAGUCAGCAAUAUUUGCACAGCAGAGACAUAGCAAUUAAUAAAACGAUUGCUCACAUUGUGGAUAAAGUUCAUUAUUUCAUUUCUAUACCGGAAGGAACGAAGCCUAAUGUUACCCUUCCUGGUAUUGUUGGAUUCACCGACACCAGAAGUAUUUUGAAACCGUUCCAUACUAUGAAAUAUAUAAUUGACAAUUACCUGGAGAAUUAUGAUUACUAUUUCUUGAUCAAAGAUGUAAGCUACAUCAAUGCUAAAAAAUUAGUACAAUUUGUUACCAAGAUUAGCGUAAGCCAGAACAUUCAUGCAGGUGUUCUCGGAGAUAUUCCAAGUUAUUGUUCCUUGGGUAAAAUAAUUAGUGUGUCAAAUAAUUGCGCUGAUAAAAAUAACAUUCCAAUAACGACGUUCUAUUAUCUGUUUUCAGAUUCAGGAAUUCUUUUGAGCAAUUCAGUCGUACAAGAAGUCAAAAAUAAUUUAGACUGGUGCGUUAAAAAUGCUUAUUCCGAUUCGGAUGACGUUAAUUUCGGACGAUGUAUCGUUCAUUCUGCCUCGAUGCGUUGUUCUAAUCGCGUACAAGGACAGGACUUUUCGUUCACCAAAUUAAAAUCAACAUUUUUAUUCGAACAGAAUUUAAAGGAUUUAGCUAAAAAUGAAGAAUUCAUAAAUUCACUCGUAAUAUACCCGAUAUACGAUCAUCAUACCAUUUAUAAGUUUAACACUUACUUUGCAGCAGUGAAAUCCGUUGAAAUUCAGGAAAACAUUUCUAAUAUUCGAAAAGCGAUCUUAAACAUGGCACAUUUGGGACCGCCGCAAGAACACGACGUGUCUUGGCCCGUUGGCAAUCAGCCGGGAAACAAAGCUACCGGACGUUUUGAUAUUUUGCGGUGGACAUAUUUCAACGAGACACACACAUUAUUCAGUACAGACUUCUCGAGCGUACAGAAAUUGAAAACCAAUGCGAAAUUUGACAUAGAUAAAAUUAUCAACAUAACAUCUUCUGACGUCAUUGCUAAUUCCGAUCAGAAAUUAAAAUUUAAAAAGUUACUCAACGGUUAUCAAAAGUUCGAUGCGUCCCGUGGAAUGGAUUAUAUAUUAGAUUUGGCGUUCGUCGACGUGACUACUGGUAAAGAAAUCAGAAAAAGAGUGGAAGUAUGCAAACCACUUGGUAAAGUUGAAAUUUUACCUGUUCCAUACGUAACAGAAAAUACACGAGUGAAUAUAAUAUUAAUAGUCGACUCGUUGAGAAAGCAAGAUGCGUUAAACUUUUUAGAACAGUAUGCUGCAGACUGUAUGGAGAAAAAAUACAAAACUUUUUUCAUGGCGGUUCUCUUGUAUAAUUUUGAUUCCCCUUCAAAAGGUAAAGGUGACGUAUUCUACGAUGUUAAACAGUACGCACUUAUGUUGGCUGAAAAGUAUAAGAAAAAUCAGUCAAAAAUCACAUGGCUCUCUAUACGUCUACCAAAUAAUGUAACGUCUAUUGAAUUCGAUCCUAUGCUGACUAUUGCUGUCACAGAUUUGUGUAUUAGAAAAUUUUCACCCGAAAGUUUAAUACUUUUCGUCGAGACAGGAAUACAACUACGAUUGGAUUAUUUAAACAGAAUCCGCAUGAAUACCAUCAAUCAGUACCAAAUAUUUAGCCCAAUUCCGUUCGUAGAAUUUCAUCCUGAUAUCGCUCACAUGAACGAUAUAAAACAAGUCGACACUGAUAUCAACCGCAACCACGGAAGAUACGACGAAUACAAUUAUAACAAUAUUGCUUUUUAUGUCAGAGAUUACAACGCAAUGCGGAGAACCACCGAGACCGAUAUUCCAAUAACACACUCCGAUCGGGACAUUCCAUCCCUUUUGAAGCUCUCUCAGAAUAUACCUGUCACAUCUUUGUUCGAAAUGUUCGUUUCUUUUAGUAAUUUACAUGUACUACGCGCAGUGGAACCAGCCCUUAAAGUAAAAUACAAAAACAUCAAUUGCACUAAUGCCUGCAACGGUAAUAUGUACAAGCGUUGUAUCCAAUCGAGAAAUUUCUACUUAGGUCGGCGUAGUCAACUCGCCAGAUUAGUGUUAGAUUACCAAACGUUAGGAACAUAAUUUGCGUUAGUGAAUUACGUUCACCGAGAAAAGUAUUAAUGAAAUUAAAAAUGAUAUUAUUAUCGAGUUAAAGAUGAAUAUAGUUUAUAUAACACAAGAAUUGCAGUAACUUGAAAUGACGUUAAUGCGCGAGCUAAUUAUACAUA